CAUAGGGUCGUGUUUGCAAAACAACAGAGCCGAUGUAAAGGUCGUCCCGCAGCUCUUCUGUGUUUUGAGUUGCAUGUUGACCAAGUAAGUUCAAGUUCUACUUAACCGUAACUGCAACUAAGUCAAAGACACACCCUGCGUAUCUGCAGAAGUGACAGGCUACAUAAACACGAUGUCGGCAGGGGCAGCGAGAAAGCAGGAGCAGCCCGAUGAGAAGGAGACACUCCUUCCUAGGGACGACGAAGAUGCGAGGAACGCGAGCUUCAGUGGAGGUAAAGACGAAAAAUCGAAAUGCUCUAGCAUGGGUAUUUUGGAAGGUUCCACGAUCUUGGAGGACGAUAGUGAGAAGGGGUCCGCUAACUCCUCGGGCCUUGGAAAUAGUUUCGUCUUGUCGGCGGGAGCUGAUGCCGACACUGGGAGCAACAAGCGAAGAAAAUCAAGUAAAAAGACAGGCAAAACAACAACCAGUAGUCACAGGAACGGAACUGCGACUGUCGCUGCUUCAGACGGAAGGAAAUUGAAAAGAGCCCGGACCUCCGUAGCAGACAGACCCCCUUUCGACGUUUUGCUUGCAAGCCUGGCGGCUGAGGGAUGCACUCCGGUAGUGCCGAUACAGAAGCAGCCACCCGAGGGCCGUUGGGAGUACCGCGGAAAGAGGUCAGAACAGGUGGACAAGUGUAAUUGGCCUUACGAGUACUGCUCCUGUGCGUCCAAGCUGUGGUUUGUCAAAAGUGCUGCGCCGGAAAGGGAACGCCGGUCCAAGGGAGUUUUUGAUGGCACGAAAUGGCGAUGAUGUGGCACUGCGCUCUCUGUCGAAGGAGACGGAUAGUUGUAAGUAUGUCUACAAUCUUUUCCCGUAAAGCAGGAGAAACCGGAGGCGGAGUCCUUGUAAUUCCAUAAGUAACGCUGUUGCUGCUCUGUGUGUUGCUAUUAGAUACAAAAUCACAACGAAAAGUUUUCUUCAUUUUCGACAACGUACACGCAGUAAGUCAAAGUCUCGUCGUAUGUAGGUAUGCAAGUCAAGAAGACCUAUA